AAUUAAUUUUGUUAAUGUUGCUGUUUGGGUGUGAAACGACGUCGUAGCUGGGUGUCCUAUCCUAUCUGGUUAAGAAAUGAGAAAACUUGAACAUAUGAAGUGAUGGUAAACUACAUCUUGUGAGAGAGAUUGAGAUCAACCAUGUCAUGGCUAGCAAGAACAAUCGCCAACUCUCUCAAACUCGAUGAAGAAGACGAACAAGAUGCAAAACAAGAACAAGAAUCAGAAAACCCUAACACCACCAAAUCCGAAUCAGAACCCUCUCAAUCACAAUCUGAAUCUGCAUCUCCGUCAACUCACAGUCCCACCGCACGCGGCGUCAAAGAAGAUAUCUCCGAGAUUACCAAAUCCCUCUCCCGCCAAUUUUGGGGCGUAGCUUCUUUCCUCGCACCUCCUCCCGAUCCCGAUCACGACUCCGAUCCGCAAACGCGUGACUCCGAUCCUAAUCUCCCUGAUGAAGACGUUAUCGCUGGAAUCCGAAGCGAUUUUGCUGAAAUUAGUGGGAAAUUCAAGAGUGGAAUCUCGAAGAUUUCAGGUAAUAAGACUGUUUCUGAAUUCACGAAGAUCGCUUCGAGUUUUCUCCAAAUCGGAUCCGAUGAGGAAUACGAUCUCGACGGUGUGGUUGGAGUUACGGAGGAGGUUGUGGCUUUUGCCAGAAAUUUAGCGAUGCAUCCGGAAACUUGGCUGGAUUUUCCACUUCCCGAUGAUCCUGAUUCUGAUGAUUUUGAUUUGUCUGAUGCACAACAAGAGCAUGCUCUUGCUGUUGAACAUCUUGCUCCGAGGUUAGCUGCUCUUAGAAUGGAGCUGUGCCCUGGAUAUAUGAGUGAUGGAUGCUUUUGGAAGAUUUACUUUGUACUACUGCACCCUAAACUCAGCAAAAAUGAUGCUGUUUUUUUAUCAACUCCACAAAUAAUGGAAGCCAGAGCAAUGUUAACUCAGGCAUUAGACAUAAGAAGAAAGGAAAAGAAAGAACCAGACUUAAUCAGCAUUCCCUCAAAAGAGGAGGAACAAGAACAGCAUCUUUUCGUGCCAAGCAAUGCUCAACUUGAAUCAGUGCCUCUUCAGACAUCUGCGGUUGAAGAAUCUCCAUCUAUGGCUGUGGCUAAUGUAGAGACGGAGGGGCAUACUGUUAAAAGUGAUUCAACUCAACCUAUUGACAAGCCUGUGGUUAAAGAAGCCCCGUCUAUGGCUGUUGAUAAUGUAGAGACCGAGGAGCAUACCGUUAAAAGUGAUGUAACUCAACCUAUUGACGGGCCUGUGGUUAAAGAAGCUCCAUCUAUGGUUGUGGAUAAUGUAGAGACCAAUGAGCAUGCUGUUAAAGGUGCUGUUAUUCAACCAAUCGACAAUUCUGUUGUUAAAGAAGCCCCAAUUAUUCCAUCUGCAGAACAAUCAUCAUCUGGUUCAACAAAUCGGUUCUCAUAUGAAACAUAUGAGGAUGAUGCUGAUGCCGAUGAUUGGCUGAAAGAGGAUAGUUCUGAAAUGGUUGGUCCCAGUGGAACUUCCAUUCAUACUGGUGGCGAUGACGAGGAUGUCUCAUUCAGUGAUCUUGAGGAGGAUGAUGGUGAUGUACAUGCAAGUUAUAAGAAAACAUCAGGUUCUGAUUCUUCCACAAAAGACUCCAGAGAUUGGGUUCAGUUAGGUAGAAGUUCACCUAACUCUGAUAAGGAUGUAAACUCUUUGGAACGCAGAAGCUCUGAGCUUUCCAGUGCUCGUAAUUCUAUGACCAAGGAUUCCAAUGAUUGGCUUAAUGUUGACGACAUUGAUGUAAUUUGAUAAUGCCACUUAAAUGUCAGAGGUAAGGUUUUUAUAUGAUUCUCUUCUACUUUGUGAAUAUUUGCAUACUCUUUUUUCUGUACUAUGUGAUUAACCUCUGAAGGCCGUGCUUUGUGUAAAUAAAGCCAGUCUCCACUGGGCUUUGUGCUAUGUAUGGUUAUUAUUACACCGCACUUGAAUAUUCUAUUUGAAUUUGAUGAUAUAUUGGAAUA